AUGGCGAGCCCACAGGAGAUGCAGCCUACUGUCGAGGACUGCUUCUCCGAUGACAGCGAAGGCGGCUCUAUUCCUUUCCAGGGCCGGCGCUCGCCCAAUGCCGCUAACGUCUCCACCAAGCGCUCGCACCCAUCCGACUUGGAUAAAGAAAUGCCGCCCGCUCAGGAGAGGGCGCCGACCAACAUCGACCUUCGCUCCGACUCAGGGUACAGCAGCUACACCACCGCCACCGUCAGCAGCACUAAUUCCGCUCAAAGUGCUCCUCCCCAACGCAGCAGCCCGCCCCAGGUGCCUGCUGCUCCAGUCCCUCCUCAGCAAGAGGCUCCCAAGAUCCGCCGACGCCCUACCGUCUCAGAGUCGACCAAGCCCUCCUCCAAGGCUUCGUCCCGACCCAAGUCAAUCUCCCGCACUGCCUCGACCUCGUCCAAGCCCCCAGCCAUCAUCCAGCAACGCGAACGCCGGCCGACCGUUACCCAGGAUCCUCGCCCGGACCACAGAGAUCGUCGUGAUAGCAGAGUCGAACCGGAAUGUGCCGACCCCAGGCGCACCAAGUACGACCCCAACGCGCCUGCCCCAGCUCUCCGUCGUCAUAACAUCCGCCCUGAGAUUCACCCAUCUCAAUCCGCUCGCGACGUCCAUCGCCCUUCCCAAGAAGACACCCGCUCAAUGCGUUCUGAUCCCACCCCCUCCCCGUACUACCCGGACCAGCGCCAGUCCUACUACUCACACGCUGGUGCCGUUAUCCAGCCAGCCACGACACGUCCCCGUCGUCCCUCUGUGUCUCGACCCGUCAGCUACAGCGGUGAGCCUGGAUCCCAGUACCACUGGACUCAGGGAGCGCCUGGAGGCUAUGCAGGCCACCCGCAAGACCAUGGGCCGCCCCUUUCCCAGUCUGCGCUUUACCGUCAAAGCUAUUCAGGCCAGAUGGGCCCCCCACCCGGACCAUAUGGAGCGGCACCUGUAUACCACCCUCAGUACGGCUACGGGAUGCCCCCGUCUUACGACGGCAUGCAAAGGCCAGGCAUGACACACCGCAACUCGACCAAUAUUGCACGCAAUGGACCUGCACCACCCCUUGUCAUCGACCAAGCUCCGCGUGAUCAGUAUUCGGCAAGGCGCGGCCAGCCUCAGAGCGCCACACAGCCCAGGUUUCCACCCCAGAAGCAGCUCCAGGGCGAGGCCUACGAGAGUUACAGCGAAUCUGAGAGUGCAUCGUCUGACGAAGACGACGACUAUGAAGCCGAGCCCCAUCCCGACGAUCGCUAUGCCCAGCGUGCGCUCAUGCCGCCUCCUCCCCCAAAGCUUGAGCGGACCAAGUCCAAAGCGAAGCCCAAGAGCAAGAGCAAGAAACUGCAGCGUCCAUCCAUCUCCCACGCCUACACCACCUCGGAGGUCGAGCAAGUUCGUGCUGACCGCCGCAAGUCCCAGCCUGUCGUUGUCAACCACGACCACCCUACCAGCCGUCACCGUACAACCAAGAGCACAAACGAACCGUCUCGCCGACAGUCAGUCAGCCGACCUCCUCCUCCACCACGUGAAAUUCAAACCGAAUAUCCCGCCAGAGGUGGCCAGGUCUAUGUGCACGACAGCACUAAGGCUGAGCGGCGCCGAUCAGCUCAUUACGGAAAGUCUUAUAACGACAGACAUGCCGAGGCCAGGGAAUAUGAACGCCUCGAAGCUGAAGCCAACGCUAAAGCUGAUGCUAGGGCUAGACGCGAGGCCGAGAAAGCCGAGGCGCGAUACCAGGCUGAGCAGGAGCGCAAACGUGAAAAGCGUAACUCAAAGGUCUAUUACCAACCUCCCGCCGCGUUCGACAGUAGCGACGAGUAUGAGUCCGAAGUCGAGGCUCCCAUCCCCGAAGCUCCAGCUCCUCCUCGCCGCCGCCGUCCUACUGAUGCGGAAGGUCGCAAGGUCAAAGAGCGUGCUCCACCGAAGGCCAGGCGAGACGAGAUGAAAGCGUUGGAAUACAUCAACAACCAACGCGGUACUGAUGCUCCGUUGAUCGACCACAUCCACAGUGCCGCAAAGAGAGCUUCUAGGGUACCGUCAAUACCCUCUCAUUCUGGCUCCUCUGGAAGCGACAGGCACACGGCCGUCACCAGCAACGGCAACAACGAGAUUCGCCUUAGAGUAGACGCAAAUGCCCCACUCAGCCUGCAGUUUAACGGCGACAUGGAGGGUCGCACCAUGCGACUCAUCCCAGGCGAGGACGGCAUGGCAGAACUCGUCAUUAGCGGAAAUCCUGACGGUGGCAGCGAAAAAGGCAGCAAUGCAGGUGACAGGAAGGCAUUGGUCACGCGGAGACAAGCAGAGGAGAUGAACGAAGGCAGUAUACGCAGCCACCGUAGUAGACGCGAAAGCCGAGUAGUACGAGAUUCUCAAGACGAUAGAAUUGAGGUGCAGCGACCACUGCGUCGCCGCGCCAAUUCCCAUUACGUUAACUGA